AUGUUCAAUCCAUCGUCUCCACACUCCUCUAUCGGAGGUGGCGAGUCCUUCAAAGGAACGCCUGACACGAGAUUGACUGCUUUCUCUCCGGAUGAGGGUUCCUCCAGAUCGUCACGUUUCCUGAAACCUAUGUCACAAGACUCACUCGGGGCUACUCCUUCAAGGUUUCCCACAGGCGCCUUUGGUAGCGUUAUCUCCACUGCUGAGAGAGACCCUUUCGUCACCGCAAGCUCUGCUUCUGGCCGUCAAAAGCUGUCGCCCACUGCCUCUGCCUUUCAGCCUCUCUCGACCCCCCUUGAGAGAAACACAGACUUCAGCACCCCUGAUCACAUUCAAGAGUCGUUCUCGCCGGAUCGGAAGUACGAGACUGCAUUGUCACGAUGUCUCAACAUUGGUUCACCUCAUCGAAAUCUUGGCAUGGCCGACCUGAACGCAUGUUUUUCAAAACUGCACCGACUCGGCCUCUUAGUUCAGGAACCAAUCCAGGUUCAAUGCAAGGGAGGCAGACUCUCUAUCCAGUUCAGUGAUAUCCGCGAUGCUGUUCUCAUCCAUGACAACGUCCAUCGGGCCGAGGCGGAUUUUGAAGCCGAGUAUCUGUCAGAUGGCAAUUUCACUGAGGUACACCUUCUUGAUCCCUUCACUGAUAUCUGUUCUCUAAUCUCUGCGCAGCACAUGUACCGGGUUCCCAACAAACUCGGGCCCUGGCUAUCUCUUGUUGCUUCAGCCACAUCCUUGGGCCUGCUGGAUGCGAACGCCGUUGAAGUAGCCGUCAAGCGCAUGCUGCAGUCACAGGGUCAACUCUCUGCGUUCUACGUGCAUCAAGAUCAUGAUCCAGUGGUGUUCAAGGCUUUCGUCCAAUUCGAGGACCCGUCUAAAACCAUAUCAGCAGUGGAUGCUCUUGACAACAGAGUCGUCGAGGGAGCACAUAUAACGGUAUCGCUCGUGGAUGCCGGUGACCUCUUUCAGACGCCCCAAGAUACCAGAGAUAUCACAGCCGACGGCCUCAGCCACAACAUACCUGUUGAUCUGACAAACGCUCUCCAGGCAAUGGCUCUAUCCAAACCGGCCCCUCCGAUGCAUCUGGUGGGCCAUGCAACGCCCAUGUCCGGACCCAACACUCCCUACUCGACUCACGGAAUUCAGGUCCCUCCUUUUGCGAUGUGGCCCAUACUCUGUCAGUCGCAGUUUCAGCCGAGCGGUGCCUACGUGCUCAACGACGGCCACCGUCUACCGCUGCCGCCUCUUAUGCCCAACUCCGCUAGGUACCAGCUUAAUAACCCCAUGUCCAUUCAGUCUUCCCGCAGCAUUUCCACGACGAGUUCCUUCCACUCCGGCGUGAGAGGCGAGCCCCGCAGACAGAACGCAGCUCGGGUCAACAGGUCGCCCUACUACAAUGUUGCGAGUCACCACAAUCAUGUCGAUGUGAACCGUAUCCGGGAAGGAACAGAUGUUCGCACAACGAUCAUGCUUCGCAACAUUCCAAACAAAGUUGACCAGGCGAUGCUCAAGAGAAUUGUUGACGAGUCCAGCUGGGGCAAGUAUGACUUCAUGUAUCUGCGAAUUGAUUUUGCAAAUGACUGCAAUGUCGGAUAUGCGUUCAUAAACUUCGUUGACUUUGUCAACAUCAGAGGUAACCAAAGAUGGAAUUGUUUCAAGAGCGACAAGGUCGCCGAGAUUUCCUAUGCUACUAUCCAGGGCAAAGACUGUCUCGUUCAAAAAUUCAGGAACAGCUCCGUGAUGUUGGAAGCCGCGCACUAUCGCCCAAAGUUAUUCUACACCUCCAAUGGACCAGUUCCUGAUCUGGCGGGAGAGGAGGAACCGUUUCCGCGGCCAGAUAACCAGUCCAAGAUGAAGCGAAGCUGUGAAAAUGCUGAGCACGUUGGGCUUUUCACACCGAACGCUGGUCAGCAUUUCCGUGACGAACAGCGUCGCCGGCGCUCGCAGUACGACCGAGGUACGAGACUGGCCGCGCUCGAGGAGCAUGACUUCGAAGCCUCGAUGCAGUCGUACAUGUACCAUUCACAGUAG